UUAGAUGUCAGUUCUUCCCGUAGAAAGAGCAGAAAGGCUCACUUCACUGCCACCUCCGAUGUUCGUCGCAAGAUCAUGAGCUCACCUUUAUCCAAAGAACUCCGUGAAAAGUACAGCGUUCGCUCCAUUCCUGUUCGCAAGGACGACACUGUCAUGGUUGUCCGUGGUACCUACAAGGGCCGUGAAGGAAAGGUUGUUCAAGUCUACCGUAAGAAGUGGGUUAUUCACAUUGAUCGUGUCACCCGUGAAAAGGUGAACGGUGCUACUGUUCCUAUUGGCAUUAGCGCUUCCAAGGUUGUUAUCACAAACUUGAAGUUGGACAAGAGCCGUAAUGCUAUUCUUGAACGCAAGGGAAAGAAGGACGCUAUGAAGCAGGUAACAUAA